AUGGAGGAUCCAGCAACCGACAGCUUCACGACUCCAAAUGGUGAAUUGGGAGCUGAGCUCGACCGAGAAAGUGUCAUCUUAUCCCCAAAUGAGACUUCACCCGAUGGCCGGUAUCCGCCAGGGUCAAUGCCCAGGUUAGAUGAUGAGCGUCACAACUCUGCCUUAAAAGCAGCCGAAAUCAUGACUCCGUGCUCGCCACCCGAGACCAACCUAGUUGCCAGUCCGGUCACUUGUCGUAAUAUCACACCUAUAUAUGCACAGAUUCCCGACUUCCAAGAUUUCCGGCUGUCAAAUAGUAUUGAUUUUUUGCUAAAUCCAGAGUCCGCUACGUUUCGCAAUCUCGAUCGCCGAAGUUCUCAUAAUAGUUACGCUUUUGGCGGAUCGAACCAAACGGAACACUGUAACGAGUCGCCCAUAUCCUUGGCUUCUUACGAUUCGAACCAGAAUCACUCGGCAGAAGCUGAUCCAGAGGUGGCUUUCCUCUUGAGGUACUUUUCUGAGGUACCAGGCAAAUGGUUGGAUCUCUAUUUUCUUGAGGGUUAUUUUGAGCAAAAGGUUCCGAUCAGAGCUCUCUCACACCCUCUACUAAAAAACGCCGCUUGUGCAUAUGCGGCUAAGCAUCUGUGCAGAACUAGGCAAAAGACUGAUUGCCCCAAGGCACCAGUUCGAAAGUCUCAAGUUGCGACAACUACUACAUGGCCGACUUCAGAAUCCAUAGGUUGGGCAGAGUACAGCGCCAAAUAUUAUUUUCAAGCAAUAAAACUUCUGCGCGAAACACUCAAGCAGGCGCAAAAACUUGCAUCUUCAGGCUGCUCUUCCGACGCACAGCCGACGGCGGACGAUUGCGUGACUGCCACUGAGAUUUCUGACGAGACUCUGGCGGCAAUGGCAAUCCUUUGCAAUUUUGAGUUCAUGAGUGCAUCUGAUACAGAGUGGGCGCGUCAUUUGAGUGGAACGAUGAUAGUUUUUGACUUUCAACAAACUGGAAUCAUUUCACUCAUAGGAUCCAACCCGUCGCCAUCCCGAAAGGCCAUUUUCUGGAACUUUUUCCGUCAAGACGUUUAUGCUUCAUUUAUUCUCGAAACAAGGACGAGGCUAGACAUGUCUGACUUGGCCAUGUGGAGAGCAGCAGGACUGAAAAUAGAUGAGCAUGGGCUUAUUCUGCCUUCAAGUGGUUCGAGAGAAGGAAUAAUGAAAGACGACAUGAUAUCUAAUGCCCUUCUCUGGAUCCUUGCCAAAAUAUUUAACUACAUAACUGACACGAAUACGACUAAGGCCCGAAGCAUAGCCUCCCCGUCGGAGAGUGCGGCAGCCCGGUCGACCAUCGAAAGCAGCUCGACGGAGCCGAGCGAAGCAACUUGGAAACAAAUCAGCCAUGAGCUGAAUGUUUGGUACGACGGACUGCCAGACUGGUUUCACCCAUGCGCUCGCAUUACACGCAGCGCAAGUGAGCCUGCUACUGCGUCUGGCCCGCCCAGACCUGUGACCAUACCGGAUAUCUGGUUCACAAGCGCCAUGUGCGCAUCUACUAUCCAAACAUAUCAUUUAGCACGCAUAUUAAUGCUUGUCAAUAAGCCACGGCCUGAUGAUGUGUUCGCACGUGGUAGCUCCGUGUUCAAAUUCUUAGGAAAUUAUCGCAGUAUUGAAGCGGAACUUCAAUUUCGCAGCCGUGAGAUAUUCGGUAUUGCAAUUUCGUCGCCAACUACAUCUAUUGAGCUCCACCAGACACAGACCAUCUUCAUUGCAGCCCAGUGCUUGGUUGAUGAUGAGGAGAGAUGCAUGGCCCUGGACAUUCUUCGUCGAGUCAACUCGGAUCUUGGUUGGGAGACUGACUAUCGUGUCCAGCAACUUUUGAGGGAAUGGGGCUGGGAAGCAUUCAACACAUGA